GUGUCAAAAAUUAUUGUCUUUGUCAGUCGUACUUGAAUCGUACUUAAUGUUAAUAUUUUUCAGUAAAUCAAGUGAAAAUUAUGAUUAUUAUAUGUGAAAAUAAGGGUCUUUUAUUAUAAAAAUCUUGCUAAAGGUAAAAUGUCGGCCGUAUCUAUCGAACCGACUAAGAAAACUGGCGAAAUGGAUAUUGCAUCCAAUAGUCAAAACAUGCAAUCUGAAUUUCAAAAAGCGGGGGAAAAUAGCGAUAAAAGUAAAAACAAAGGGACAUCGGAUACGCAAGGAAAUUGUUAUUGUGGUAAAGAUCGCAAUCUGAAUAUAGUCGAGCUAUUAUGUGCGUCUUGUAACAGAUGGUAUCACGAAUCCUGUAUUGGCUAUCAGUUGGGUAAAUUGGUGCCGUUUAUGACGAAUUAUCUGUUCAUAUGUAAAAACUGUUCACCUACUGGAUUGGAAACGUUUAAGAAGAAUCAAGCUCCAUUUCCGCAAAUGUGCAUAACAGCUAUCGCUAAUCUGAGACAAGAGAGCUCUAAAGAUGGCAGCAAUAAAACCAUGUUCAGUAAAGACAGAGAGAUCAUCCCUUACAUUGAUCAAUAUUGGGAAGCUAUGACUACGAUGCCGAGAAGGGUAACUCAGUCGUGGUAUGCGACAGUACAGCGUGCCCUGAUCAAGGAUAUACAAGUUUUAUUCACAUAUGAAGAGGAUCCCAACCAAGGGCCAAUGUUUGGCCUCUUCAAUAUGGAGCUGACAAGUAUCAAGCCUAAUUAUGAAGCUAUGAUCAAGCAAGGACAAUUGAAGGUCACUGACAUGGGCGUUGCGACUGUCCCACUCAGCGGUAAUGUAAAGGGACGUCAGGGAAAGCGGCGCCCAGCGGUGGGACUCGAGGCUAGUGCUCCAGUGGGCAAGAAAGGACGCUCAGCUGAUUUGGGAGCUCUAAAAUUACCCUCACACGGCUACCCUACUGAGCAUCCGUUCAACAAGGACGGCUACAGAUACAUACUGGCUGAGCCGGAUCCCCAUGCGCCGUUUAGACAGGAAUUCGACGAAAGUAACGAAUGGAGUGGAAAACCCAUUCCAGGCUGGCUCUAUCGUUCUCUGUGCCCCGGUAUAGUGCUAUUGGCGUUACAUGACAGAGCUCCGCAGCUGAAGAUUUCAGAGGACAGACUAGCGGUGACCGGUGAGAAGGGGUACUGCAUGGUUAGAGCGACGCAUGGUGUGUCCCGUGGUACGUGGUACUGGGAGGCCACGGUAGAAGAGAUGCCGGAGGGCGCGGCCACUCGUCUGGGCUGGGGCCGGCGAUACGCUAACUUACAAGCACCUCUUGGAUACGACAAGUUUGGAUAUUCAUGGCGCAGUCGGAAGGGCACGAGGUUUCACGAGUCCCGCGGGAAGCACUACAGUCCGGGCUAUGGGGAAGGAGAUACACUGGGUUUCCUUAUAAUAAUGCCAGACAGCGCUUCCACUAAGUACACACCCAACACAUACAAAGAUAGGCCCCUAGUCAAAUUUAAGAGUCACCUUUAUUACGAAGAUAAGGACAAUAUCCAGGAAUCUCUCAACAAUCUCAAGCUGCUGCCCGGCAGUAAGAUAUUCUAUUUUAAAAACGGAGAAUGUCAAGGGGUGGCGUUCGCAGAUGUCUACCAGGGUUGCUACUACCCUACUGUUUCUUUGCAUAAAAAUGUCACUGUUAGUGUCAAUUUUGGACCAAAUUUCAAGUUUCCACCAUCGACGGAGUACAAUUUUAGACCGAUGUCAGAAAAGGCUGAAGAGGCGAUCUGCGAACAAACAAUGGCAGACUUGUUGUUUCUUACAGAAAACGAGGGGAGACUACGUUUAGACACUUUCAAUCUCUGAUACAACUAACACCGUUAAACGGUGUUAUUAUUAUAUUCAUAAGACAUUGAAAAAAACUACUUUACUAAUAUUUGUGAGUGAGCAUCUGUGUAUAAUGAAGGAACACUAAAAUUAUUUGUGUAAAAAAUAAGUGAUUUGUAGAUGACAUCCAAAUUGCGUCAAAUAGAUCUGAUUGUAAUA